AGUGUCCCGAAGCUUGCUGCUCAGAUGAGCUAGAAGGCUUGUCAAAUAUCAACAGACGUGGACAAAGAGUUGAUACCUGAGGACUUCGUCAUCGUCGUCAUAGGUGAAAGUAGUUUGCGAAUGAGCCUUCUCAUAUGAAACGCAUCUGAGAUCUGUACGUAAAAUCAAAGUCUGAAGUCGGCAGGUCCGGUAUUUAGACUAUUAUCAGCUCGUUGCACUGCACGGCGCAAUGCGACUCCAAACCGUCCGACUGACUCACCCACCCUACCACUCAUUGUGAACCCUCUCAAUUUCCAAUGCUGCGUGUCGCUCAUCGUUUGUUUCGUCACAUAAUCACGUGUGGUAGCCCAGAAGAACGACAUAUUAGACUUGAAAUCAUCAGCGGAAAGAAUCUUCAAGUCCCUUCUCACCGCAUACCCGCUGGCAUUUACGUGUCCAUCAAUGUCGACUCGAGGGGACGCUGGAAAUCAGCCCUCAAAGUCCUAUCAUCCGAAAAAUCAGCAGUGUGGGACGAUACUGUGACCUUAUCAUCGCAGAUGUCACCUGCAUUCUCAGUGGAACUCAGGGCACCCUAUGAGUCCGAUCGAAUGCUAGGCAGUGGAGAGCUCAUCGGGAAACUUCAAAUGCCGUGGGAGGAGCUACUCGAUCGUGGAGAACAGCCAUUCGAACUAUCCUUCCCAUCCGUGGAUGGUGUCCACCCUUCCCUCACAAUGAAGGUUGCCGUUGUACAUGCUUGCGACAAUCAAAACGGCGCAUUGUGUGAUUCUCUGGUAGACAGCGAAAUUACUCGGGACACGGAUGCGGGCCACGCACAAUUUGCCGCAUACGUGACAAGCAAGACAGUCUCUCACCUGAAUCAUGCUAUUCAGCAUUUUCAGUUGGUUCUGGACCAGUGUCCGGUCAGCCAUCCAGACCGCGCGACGGCUCUCACCAACCUUGCGUGGGCCCGCCUUAAAGGUUAUAUCCAAAAUGAUCUUCAAGACAUUGAUGCCACCACUUCUCUCUUCCGCGACGCCCUUGCAUUGCGUCCCCAGCACCAUCCCGAUUAUCCCUUAUCUCUAUAUAAUCUCACCGAAGCGCUAACUUGGCGCCACAGCAAGAAAAGUACUGCUGCCGACAUCCGUGAAGCCGCCCAACUCUACCAUGAACUACUACUACCUCUUUGUCCAGAAGGCACCUACCUUCGUAGCAUCGCGGCAGGGGAAAAUGGUGUCGAUUAUGUGUUCAUGGGAUGUAGCAAUCUUCCAAUAGACGCAUCCGAUGAAGGCAUCCAGCUUCGACAAGUCGUUCUCGAGUUCUGUCCUCUGGACCAUCAACACCGUCAUGUUGUCCUUCACUGCCUUGCACAGGCAAUGGAGGCCCGCUUCCAACAGUGUGGCAGUAUUGAUGAUAUAGACGAGACUAUACAACUUCGUCGUGAAGCCGUUUCCCUGUGCCCCGAGGGACAUGCUGAUCGUGAUGUCCACUUGAGCAAUUUGGCCUUGUCACUCGUGUUUCGCUUCAAUCACCAAGGCAAACCUAAUGACCUUGAUGAGGCCAUCUCUCUGUACGAAGAAGCAGUGCGCCUAUCCCCUGUUGGGCGCGAAUCCCUUGUUAUCUCAUCGGACAAACUAGGGACCGCCCUCAUCACCCGUUUCCGCGCACAUGGCCACAUUAAUGACAUCACCCGAGCUGUCAGCCUCUUGCGCGAGGUACUGACAUUGUGCCCGCCUGGGCAUCUGCAUCGUGACACCAUACUUAACAACCUUGCCACCGCGCUCAACGCCAGAUAUGAAAAAUUGCAUGUCAGCGAGGAUCUUAACGAGGCCAUUGAUCAAUAUCGCGAAUCUCUUCGGUUAAAGCAACAUGACGAUCCAGAGCGCCAUAAAACUCUUUGGAAUUUGAGCUCGGCGCUUUCCUUUCGUUUCAAGCAGACUCAGGAGAACAAAGAUAUCGAGGAGGCCAUUACUCUUUGCCAAGAAUCAUUGGCGGCUCUGUCUUCACUACACCCGGACAGGUGUCUCAGCUACCUGUGGUUGCAGAUGGCCUAUUUGUUUCGUUACCAGAUUCUACACGACCCUGCUGAUCUGUCGCUCGUUAUAGAGAACUUCAGACUAGCAUCGCAGCACCCCACUCAAGGGUUCCCACAACGCAUCAUUGAGGCAUAUAAUUGGGCCGUUAAAGCUGAGCAACAUGGUCAUGGAUCCGCACUGGAGGCCUACUCAACAUUUUUCGACCUUCUGGAUGCUCAUUUGGCUACACGAUCAUCAGCAACUUCACGGCGCGAAGCUGCCGCUUCCUUCCAUCAUUGCCAGGCAGUUGAACUUAUGGAACAGGGUCGUGGCCAGCAAUGGACACUGGCAUCCCGACUCAGGACUCCAGUUGAAGACCUCGAGUCAGCAAAUCCGACACUAGCGCAUAAUUAUUUGGAGCUGAGCAAGCUCAUUUCCAAUGCCGCCCAGAGUUCUGCAACCAUUAGUGACAGAGCUGCUGCUGAUCGGGCAGCAACAGAGUAUAGGAGACUCACAAGGCAAUGGGAAGCUGUGGUAGCUGCGAUACGUGAUCUUCGUGCAUUCUCGCGGUUCCUGCUCCCACCUUUGUACGGAGACCUGCAAGCGGCAGCGCGCCAGGGCCCGGUCAUUAUCCUCAUUGCCAGUAAAUAUGCGUGUAGCGCCAUGAUUGUUCCGACAUCAGGAGAGCCCCAUCAUGUUCCUUUACCGUCCAUCACUCUCGCAGAUCUGAAGAUUCUCAAGGAUCGCUUCACCAGGGCAAUACGACAAGCAUCUCGGAUGAACCCAGCGGAGUCGAGGACGGACCUAAUAGUACUCUCGCGGAUAUUAUGGGAGGAGAUCAUGCUACCCAUCGUCAACGUACUCGAGCACGUCCUCAAACUAAAGCGUCGCUCCCGAAUCUGGCUAUGUCCGACUGCAGAUUUCACGUCCAUUCCUCUCCAUGCAGCUAACCCCUUUCAAACAAAGGCAGAUCGCUCCAAGGAGCCAUGCCUGGAAGAUCUCUACAUCUGCUCUUACAUACCGACACUUUCGGCUCUGAUUAGAUCUAGACAGUCGAUGAAGAAGCGUGUGUUUCCGUCCUUCGUGGCGAUCGGACAAGGUCAACCGGGUGCAGGGAAAGGCAAGGCAUUAUUGGCUGUCGACAGCGAGCUUGAGCUUGUCCAUAAGCUCGUCCCUGCGAUGGCCAACUGCACCACUAUUUCCGGCGACGCAGCUACACGAGUCGGUGCACUCGAAGCUUUGCAAGAGAAUACCUGGGUGCACCUGGCGUGUCAUGGCAAACAGGAUCCUACGCAACCUUACGAUUCACAUUUCGUCAUGAGAGACGAACAUCUGACGCUGCUCGAUAUCAUGGACAAAGAUAUUCCGCACGCUGAGUUUGCGUUUUUGUCUGCGUGUCAUACCGCCGUAGGGGAUGAAGAGACACCCGACGAAGUCAUUCAUCUUGCAGCUGGUCUGCAGUUUUCGGGGUUCAAGAGCGUUGUUGGCACGCUGUGGGAGGUCGACGAUGCUGUCGCAAAACACGUUGUUGAAGCUUUCUAUAAAUAUAUGUUCAAUGAGAAGGAUAGCGGUGUCAUGGACUGUACGAAGGCGGCCUGGGCACUCAACUGUGCUACGCACGCCGUGAAGACGAAAGUGCCGCUCGAGCAGAGGAUGGUUUUUGUUCAUAUCGGUGUGUAGUUUUA